AUGUAUUUUGUGUCUCUUUGUAUCUUGCAGGAAGAGCCAAGGAGCAAAUCCAAGAUCUGUGCCAAUGUUUUCUGUGGAGCUGGGCGGGAGUGUGCAGUGACGGAGAAGGGAGAGCCAACCUGCCUCUGCAUUGAGCAAUGCAAACCUCACAAGAGGCCUGUGUGCGGUAGCAAUGGCAAGACGUACCUGAACCACUGUGAGCUGCACCGUGAUGCCUGCCUCACUGGCUCCAAGAUCCAGGUGGAUUAUGAUGGCCACUGUAAAGAGAAGAAGUCUGAGAAUCCAGCUGCAAGUCCAGUUGUCUGCUACCAGUCGGACAGGGAUGAGCUUCGUCGUCGUGUCAUCCAGUGGCUGGAAGCUGAGAUUAUCCCAGAUGGCUGGUUUUCCAAGGGAAGCAACUACAGCGAAGUCCUGGACAAGUAUUUCAAGAGCUUUGACGAUGGUGAUUCUCGCUUGGACUCCACUGAAUUCCUGAAGUUUGUGGAGCAGAAUGAGACUGCUGUCAACAUCACCACCUACGUGGACCAGGAGACCAACAAGCUGCUCAGGGGACUCUGCGUAGAUGCUCUCAUCGAGCUGUCAGAUGAAAAUGCUGACUGGAAGCUCAGCUUCAAUGAAUUUCUCAAGUGCCUCAGCCCCUCCUUCAACCCACCAGAGAAAAAGUGUGCCCUGGAAGACGAAACCUAUGAGGACGGAGCAGAGACCCAGGUGGAGUGCAACCGUUGCGUCUGUGCCUGUGGGAACUGGGUGUGCACUGCAAUGACAUGCGAGGGGAAGAAUGAGAAGGUGCCUGCUCACAGACAGCGACCUGAUGAAGACUUGACUGAGGAGGAGCUGGCUAGAUACAUUCAGGAACUGCAGAAGCAUCAGGAGACGGCCGAGAAGACCAAGAGAAUGAGCACCAAGGAGAUGUAAGGGGCCUCCACACCGGAGGAGCCCAGGAGGAUGGGCCCAACCUGCCACCCUGUCCUCCAGUGCGGAUCUCAGUAUGCACAAGUGUCUGCUACAGUUGCCCAGUCACAGAUAUUUACAUUGUAUAGCGAUGGGUUAUUUGUUUUGUAAUACACAGAGAAUGGGGCCAGGAAAGGGGAGCAGAGCCCACCUGUUCAGGGAGCUUCAUUGCUGGGGCCUUGGAAGGCUGGGAGGGACUUAGAGCAGCCUCUGGGACCCUUUCCCAGAGCAGACAGCUGCUCCCUCCAAGAACUAACAGGGAUUUCUUGUUCCCCUGGAUCUGGGGAAAGGAUGGAGGUCAGUGCUGGAUAGAAAAAGGGGUGUUCAAUUGAUGUAAUUGUCGGCACCAGCCUUGGCUGCAGAAAUACAGGCCUGGCAGGUUUGUGGCUGAGCACGUGUGGUGCAGGGCAUUAUUAGCCAAGGACCUUGCCCUGCUUACCCUCCCCUUUGGUUCGAGCUCCUCAAAGCUGGUCAGCCUGGUGUGACACCUGGAAGUCAUGGUGCCAUGCUGCUGGCAUGAGUCCGGCACGUUCCUCCUUGCUUUCCACUGGACUGUCCCCAGCAGCUCCUCCAGUACAUUGUGGGCUCCGACACAACAUGGUUCCUUUUGACCUCAUCUCACUCUUACUCUCCCUGCCCCCUCCUUAGAGGUGCUAUCAUAUUUUUUUCUUAUCACAUUCACAUGCUGACUCCCC